GAUCCUGAGGAACCUCUCCAGAUAUCGCACAGAAAAACAUCACGAAACUGAGCGCCCUAGGAAGGUUGUAUAGCGGACACUAGCUGCUUUCGUCUUCGUCGUCGAUGAUGAGGAAAAGAAAAUGAACCGGUGUUUGCCGCAAUUUGUUCUGGAAGGUCUUGCGUUCGCCCAACAUCAAGGAUGGCAGAAAAGCAGCAACGCCUCGUUCUCUCCAUUAUCGACUUUUUGAACCAAUCUAUCACAGAUGGCACUGUUAAAGCUGACGACAAGGAGUCAUUGGAGAUUGCGAUCCAAUGCAUCGGGGAAGCCUUUGGAGUGGAUCCUCUCAACAAGCAACAGGUGGAACGUCUGACCGUCAAGCCUGCAACGCUGCAGAACAUCUUUGACGUUUACCUCAAGACCAUGAACAAAGUUGGCGCUGCCUCGCAAGGUACUUCCGCUUCCGCCAACGCUUCCACUUCGCAACCCAAGUUACCUACUGCCGAUGACAAGGCCCGAGCAGAGAAGCUGAAGCAGGCCGGUAACUCGCAAAUGACCGCAAAGAAAUAUGAGGAGGCCAUCGCUUCCUACACGGAGGCUAUCGCUUUGGAUCCAGUCAACCCAAUCUACUAUUCAAAUCGUGCCGCCGCUCACUCCAGCAAAGGAGACCAUCUUUCAGCUGUCGGUGACGCCGAAAAUGCCAUCACUGUGGAUCCUAAAUAUGUCAAGUCAUAUCAUCGACACGCACAAUAUGCUCUUCUCGAUUAUAAGGCUGCCGCAGAUGCUUUCGAAAGAGGCCUUAAGAUCGAACCAAACAACGUGUCCCUCAAAACUGGUUUGCAGAGUUCAAAGUCACGCAUUGUUGAAGAUGACAAUGACGACGGUCCGCCGCCACUUACUCGAGACACCGAUUCAACACGUAGUACUGAUGCUGGUGCUGGCGGCUUUGGCGGUAUGGCAGAUAUGCUACGGAACAUGGGUGGAGGAGGUGGUGGAAUGCCCGACCUUGCCAGUAUGAUGAAUAACCCUCAGAUGAUGGCGAUGGCCCAGCAAAUGGCAGCUAAUGGAGGGUUGGCUAACUUAAUGCAAAACCCCGCAUUAGCAGACAUGAUGAGCCGAGUGCAAUCAGGUAACAUGCCUUCAAUGGAGGAAAUUAUGGCGAAUCCCUCUCUUAGACAGCUUGCGGAACAGUUUGGUAUGGGUCAGUGAAAAUACAUCCGGGACGUUACUAUCAGGAGGGAUAAGUACUACUUAAUGGAAAACAUUUGUAAGACGUAUGAUCAUGGUUCAUGCAAAAGGAAAAACCUUAGUCGAGCGGCAGAAAGGCCGUCCGACCUGUACGCGGAGUCAUUUACCCCGCAUCGUACAAAUUAGAAUCGCAGCUAUCUUCUUGAGCUUUUCAUCAUACUUUUCAUCUGCCGCUCCUCUCGUUCAGAAUGUCAAC